GUGCACUAGGGAGUGGGUGGCCUGGUGGGGCCCAAGAAAAACUCCUCGUGGCGCCCCUAAAUAACGAAGAACAGCACCAGAGUUCAUCUCGGCAUACACCAUCGGCUACCCGUGAAUCGCUGAGGCUGUCUGUACUCUGUAAAUAUGGCUAACAAUGAUGGAGAAGGGAGCGAAAAGAAUACAAAUUUGCCUUCUGUUGUGCUUAAUGAGAGGAUACUUUCUUCCAUGUCCCGAAGAUCUGUUGCUGCUCAUCCGUGGCAUGACCUAGAGAUUGUGUGUGCUUCCGGAGGAGCACGCAUGCAAGAACGCAGAUUUGUACUGUAUGCAGGACCUGGCGCAGCUGCUAUUUUCAAUUGUGUAGUUGAGAUUGGCAAGGGUAGCAAGGUCAAGUAUGAGCUUGACAAGAUAAGUGGCCUUAUAAAAAUUGAUCGUGUUCUUUACUCAUCUGUUGUGUACCCGCACAACUACGGGUUCAUCCCAAGAACCAUCUGCGAAGACAGUGAUCCUAUGGAUGUCUUGGUAUUAAUGCAGGAGCCUGUACUUCCUGGUUGUUUCCUCCGUGCCCGGGCUAUUGGACUGAUGCCUAUGAUUGAUCAGGGUGAAAAGGAUGAUAAGAUAAUAGCAGUAUGUGCAGAUGACCCUGAGUUUCGUCACUAUCAGGAUAUCAAGGAGCUUCCUCCACAUCGACUGGCAGAGAUCUGCCGCUUCUUUGAGGACUACAAGAAGAACGAGAAUAAAACCGUUGCAGUGAAUGACUUCCUUCCUGCUGAAGAGGCCAUUAAAGCAAUCAAGUACUCCAUGGAUCUCUAUGCAUCCUACAUUGUGGAAAGCUUGAGGCAGUGAGUUUUUUUCUCCGUUUGAUAUUUCAUAAAUAAAUGUGACGGCUCAUUACAUUUGCUACACAGAUGGACUUCUUGCAGCAUGCUUACUUAUAUAAAAAUGUCUGUUUGAUCC